GUUGAAGGAGACGUUCGAUCCAGAGAACGUGUACAAAUGGGCUGUUCCGAGAUUUGCGGCAUAACGUGUUGUUCGCGCCGCUUGGGCCAUUGUGUCGCUGCGGUUCGUGGCGAUGAGAGGUAGUUCACCGUCGUUUACGAGCUGAGACGCAGAACUUGCGCAACGAUGAACAUGAACAGAAUUGAACAGGAAGGCUUUCUCGACAUAAAUACAUCUGCGUGCGUCGACUUUAGUGAACCCAGAUCCAAGUUGCAUCCCUUUCUCGACUCAGGAUCAGAUACACUGCAGAUGCUGUCUUUGCGAACCAUGGCUGGCACAGGUAAGAAGCGAACAGCAUCGGAAGCGUCGCUUUCCGACUAUGAAUCUGAUGGCUCCGCAUCAGGGGCGGUGCCGCCUGCCAAGAGGAUCAUGAGGCUGCUUCGACCUGAUCUCCCGGAUGAACCACUACACAAGAUCGGGACCAUGCCCUAUCUUGGGAAGAGAAAGGCCAGGACAUCCAGUGUUACCUCGGAUGGCGACACGGACAUGGAGGGCGGUCAAGGCCCUACCGCUAGACGUGUUGUACAUUUCUUCCGAGCCAAUAACGGCGACGAGGACGAAGUGUUGUUUGCGACUGGUGCUCCAGAAAUUGUUGGGGUCGCGAUCCGAUACCCGGCACCUAUAGUUUCACAAGAUCCAUCAACUGACGAUCUCUCAGUCGAGCCAGAAGCUGACGAAGUAGACCAGACAACAAACGUUGACACGAAUGAACCCGUUGCUGACGAGACCGAUUCGAACGAUUCAUUUUCGGAUCAGGGGGAAGCAGAGGCUUGUACCGCUGGCUCGGUUGCUGACUCUACUUUUCGCACAGACGGUAUGAAAAACGCUCUUGGAGACGUGGCAGCUGAUUCAGAUGCAACUGACUUCCUGGGCAGCUUUACGCAGGAUGUUUGCGCAUCUCCGGAGUCAUAUCACCACCUGGGACAAGGUACUGCUACAGGCGGUGAAGGCGAGGCUGGCGAUAACACCGGCUGCCUAUCACCAGGGCAGGACAUGCUAGUCCACGAAGAUGCGCCCCAGGAGUCUUCGGACCGUGAUGGAAGCCCAUCUUCGCCUGAUUCUCAAACAGCGUUGCAGCGACUUACCCAGAAGGUUGAACAUCUCACGAAAAGUCUACAGAUCGAUGUGCAGAACAACGGCGAGCAAGCUCAGGUGCCGACAUUGCCGCCACCUGACAGCGCAGGGCUCGACUGCAUCCCUGAGAGCCAUGAGUCGGCCCAAAAAACUUCAGUGGACCCCUCUGAUGACGAAGACAUCGCAUCUACACCGGUCGGAAAGACAUACUGUCUCGUGUAUGAUGAAGAGUCAGAGGAAGAAGCUGAGACCCCCAAAGCCACAGGACCAGAGAUUGAACCGGAGGCUCUCACUGGAAGUGACGAUUCCUACACCUCCUCUCCCGCCGCCAGUGAGCUCUCCAUCGACUCGUUCGCGCUCAGCGAAGAUGUCAAUGGGGAUAGGGACGAGCUAGCGACCGCCCUUAUGAUGAGCUAUGCUCUGGACGACGACUCCAAGAUCGGAGGUACACUACUCGUGGACGAUGAGUCUGGAGAUAUUGGCGCCUUGGGUACGGAUAUAAUGAUAGGAGGAGCAGAGGACCAGCGAUGGGACCUGUAUGAAUUCCUCCCUCGUUCCCCUCCCACGCCCACUGCGCAGAGUGUAGUGCCCAUGGACUAUAGGACGCGUCGCUGCUCCGAGGGUAGUAGCGGCCAAAGCACCGUUGUCGCUUAUCGAGGAGGCUCUUCUUGCCUGUCAGCCUCUGGCCAAAGUCGUUCGAUUGUCUCUAUCGCGGACGUUUGGAUGUUGGAUAUUGAUGAUCCAGACAUCGGCCUCCAUGGACGGGAAAACUACCUGUACGGUUCGUGGCUGUUGCAAGACUUGUCCGAGACGAUGGCUAGUCUGACGAUUGAGCAGGGAGAUAUCCCAAUGCCGGACGCUGUAGUACGUCGUGGUCGAUCUUUCUCGGGAGAUGGACCUGCUCUCAGAUAUCACACGCUACCGCAUGUGUAUGGCCAUAUGACCACAAAUUAUCGGGCACUGCAAGAUGUGUAUCCUCAAGAUCGAAACAUCUCCUCAGAGAUCUCUCCGAUGUCUGACUCGAUGGAGCUGGUCUCCAAGUGCAAGGGAUGCAUGGCACACUUCCAGGGCGUGUUGGCGUUUUGCAAUGUCUGCAUGGAUAUUACGUCGGACUAGGGCAACGGUUCGAUACCGGAAGCGAUGAUCCUAGAUGAAGAGAUAUGGAUUUGGGCCGGCUUCUGGGAAGUCGCGGGAAGGGAAAGAUCGUAUGUCUGGUCCAGGAAGACCGAGAACUGGCAGGAAUAGAA